GCAGGCGUGGUAUCCGUUUAAAGAGGAUGGCAGCCAUGAAUCGUGUCAGUGCCGGUCAAGAAAAUGCAUCGGCAGUCGGUGUCAUGCAAGACAGUUCCAAAUGACCAACUGUACGCGGCACGGUGGAUGGACAGAUUAUUCCCCGUGGAGUGAAUGUUCACGGGCCAACCGCUGCCAGCAAAAUCGUACCCGCAGCUGUACAAAUCCUCUACCACAAUUUGGCGGUAACGACUGCGAAGGCAGUGCACUGGACAGCAGAUCGUGUAAUGUGGGCGAAUCCGAGGCAAAAGCCGAUCUGCGCAUGGCUGUACCAUUGGCGGCGCCGGUGAUGUCGGGGGCGCGAUUUCAGGAUUGGGGUCCGUGGAGCGAAUGUUCACGCUCUUGUGGACGCGGAACGCAGCGGCGUACACGAUCCUGUAUGUUAGGGUCACCCACGGGGAAGUGCGAUGGACCCCAGGUGGAAAGCAAAGACUGCAACGUGGAAGACUGUCCACCCAUGACAAAGAUUGGUAGCUGGUCCAUAUGGAUUAGUGAUCCUCGCAAAGGAUCGGCCGAAGCGUUUGAUGAACAUCGGUUUCAAUGUGUGGCGGUUAUGAAUGGAACCGAACUGGAAGUCAAUUUGAAGCAUAACAAACGAGAAUGUCCAAAUGCCCGAGCGUGUCACACUGGCCGUGUAUACGAUGCCCGUGUGGAAGCUUCCUGGAGCCCCUGGAUGGAGUGCAACCAUAUCGGAGUACAGGAGCGUUUUUAUGAUUGUAAAGGUGCUGAACAACGUCCUUGUCCAGCAUUUGAACAACAAGCCACCGAGGACACUUCAUGGGGAUGCUGGUCCGAUUGGUCACCGUGCACGAAUAACGAACAGUCCAGACAUCGGAUCUGCAUAAAAGAUAGCAAGGCGUGUCGCCAUGGGGAAUCGACAGUUGAGGCCAGAGUGUGCAAAUUGUAUGAUGAGAACAAUAUAGAGACUGCCAGCUCCAUCAACCAAGCCGCUGCUUACGGCUCCCUGGGUUAUACGGGAUAUUUGAUUGUCGGAUGCGUUCUAUCAUUCCUGGCUGGUACCAUUUUAACACUUUCGAUUGUCACAUAUCGCCAAAAGCGGAAAAGUAAUCCGCACAACGAAGCCCCGCAGUAUCCCAUGGCGCCCUACAUGGAGCGGCAACCAGUCCAGCUGAAUACGUAUGCCAUCCCGCCGGGCCAUCACAUACCGAACGGGAGAGCAAAGAUCAUGACAUUGACCAUGACGACUACCCGGAAACGCAGGCCUUCGUCCCGAGCGAACCGGUCACGCCGAAAAACUUUGAACGGGGAGCACCCAUGAAAGCGUCUUUCAGGGGUGACAAUUUUGGCGGGAAGCCGGCGGCACAACGGCAGUUUUCCACAAGCCAGAAAAGCGAUCAGUAUUUUGCGUGAAGUAUUGUACGAAGAUGAGCACAGCAUAAGGUGAUGGGCAUACUACAGUGUAAUGUUGGUGUGGAUGUGGUUAUGAACUGAUGCUCAGAUGCAGAUUGUGAUUGUUACGGCAGUUUAGCUGGUUUUAGACUAACGUGUCCUUGGACUUGUCUGUCUUUCAUGC